AUGCUGGCAGGCUGUGCUCCCGCUCCUGAGGAAGGGAGGGCAGAGCAACUCUGCAGGUCCCAUUCAGAAAGCUCAUUUGGAACAGACCUCUGCCUGCACACAUCCCAGCUACCCAGCUCCCUGGCUGUCCCCAGGGAACACUGGCAAUCAGCCAGCCCCCAUGAAACCCUCAAAGGCAUCCCAGCGUUACAGAAGCAUCCGGAGAAAUACAAACCAGCACUACCUCUACCAGGACUCCCUGCUGCUUGGUAACUCAGAUGACAGCUUUAAUGCUGAUGAAACAGGGGACAGCAAUGAUCCGGAACAAAUCUUCCAGAAUAUACAGUUCCAGAAAGAUCUCAUGGCAAAUAUUCGCUGCAGACCCUGGACCAUGGGACAAAAGCUGCGGGCACUGAGACGAGCAAAGCAGAUUGUGCUGAAGUUUGAAGGGAGGCUGACCAGGACCCGAGGUUACCAAGCAGCAGGAGCAGAGCUCUGGCGGAAACUUGCCCGUCUGGCCUGUAACUUUGCGGUCAUCUUCAUCCCCUGGGAAAUGAGGAUAAAGAAAAUUGAGAGUCACUUUGGGUCGGGUGUGGCCUCCUACUUCAUAUUCUUGAGGUGGUUGUUCGGAAUUAACAUCGUGCUCACAGUGAUGACAGGUGCUUUUAUUGUCAUUCCAGAGCUGAUCGCAGGCCAGCCUUUUGGAAGCACAGUCAGCAAGACCAUCCCCCAGGAGCAGGUCAUGUCUGCCCAAGAUCUGGAUACCAUCUGGUCCCUGGGGGGAUACCUCCAGUACUCCGUCCUGUUCUAUGGCUACUACGGCAGAGAAAGGAGGAUCGGGAGAGCCGGCUACCGCCUGCCCUUGGCCUAUUUCCUGGUGGGGAUGGCAGUGUUUGCCUACAGCUUCAUCAUUCUCUUAAAGAAGAUGGCUAAGAACUCCCGCACCAGCCUCGCCAGUGCUUCCAAUGAAAACUACACCUUCUGCUGGCGGGUGUUUUGUGCCUGGGAUUACCUCAUUGGAAACCCAGAAGCUGCAGAGAGCAAAACCGCUGCCAUUGUGAACAGCAUCAGGGAGGCGAUACUAGAAGAACAGGAAAAGAAAAAAAGCAAAAACAUGGCAGUGACCAUCUGCCUGAGGAUCAUCGCCAACAUCCUGGUGCUCCUCUCACUGGCAGGCAGCAUCUAUCUCAUCUAUUUUGUGGUGGACAGGUCCCAGAAGCUGGAACAGUCAAAGAAGGAGCUGACGCUUUGGGAAAAGAAUGAGGUGAGUGUGGUAGUCUCCCUUGUCACCAUGCUGGCACCCUCUGCCUUUGACCUCAUCGCUGCCUUGGAGAUGUACCACCCCCGAACCACACUGCGCUUCCAGCUGGCAAGGGUAUUGGUGCUGUACCUGGGAAAUCUCUACAGCUUGAUCAUUGCUCUCCUUGACAAAGUGAACAGCAUGAACACUGAGGAAGGGGCUACCAAAAAUACCACAAGUCAUUGGAUAGAUCCUCCCACCUUCUUCGCCACCAGAACAGCGCCUGAAGGAGGGCAGUGGCCCACACCCGGGUCUGGAAUGGGACUCAGGAGAAACAGCACCAGCACAUGGGUCUUGGGGGAGACAAGCAUUCUGACCUCUACCAUGCCGUACACAAAGGCCAACAAGACGGUGCUCUACACGCAGGGCCCCCAAGGCCAGUGCUGGGAGACAUAUGUUGGCCAGGAGAUGCUGAAGCUGUCCGUCAUUGACAUGCUCUUCACAGUGGCCAGCAUCCUGCUUAUAGACUUCUUCCGAGGACUUUUUGUUCGCUACCUAAGUGACUAUUGGUGUUGGGACCUUGAAAGCAAGUUUCCUGAAUAUGGGGAAUUCAAAAUCGCUGAGAAUGUGCUUCACUUAGUCUACAACCAAGGGAUGAUUUGGAUGGGGGCCUUCUUCUCCCCAUGUCUCCCAGCCUUCAAUGUUCUCAAGCUCAUCGGGCUGAUGUACCUGAGGAGCUGGGCAGUGCUGACCUGCAACGUGCCCCACCAGCAAGUGUUUCGAGCCUCCAGAUCCAACAACUUCUACCUGGCGAUGCUGCUGUUCAUGCUGUUCCUCUGCAUGUUGCCAACCAUCUUUGCUAUUGUCCACUACAAGCCAUCUCUGAACUGUGGGCCCUUCAGUGGACAAGAGAAGAUUUAUGACAUCGUGUCAGAGACCAUAGAGAAUGACCUCCCUGCAUGGUUUCACUCUGUGGUGGGGCACAUCAGCAGCCCUGUUGUCAUCCUGCCAGCCGUGCUGCUUCUGUUCAUGCUCAUCUACUACCUUCAGAGUAUCGCACGGUCACUGAAGCUCAGCAACCAGCAGCUCAGGAUGCAAAUCCAAAACGCAAGAUCUGAAGAUAAGAAAAAGGUUGCCCAAAUGGUGGAGGCUCGAAUCCAGACCCACGAGGAAAGCACCAAGAGGCUUCCCAAGGACAGUGACCUCCUCAGCCAGCUAUCCUCAGUACACAUGGUGACAGCCCAAAACAAUGGCAAUGUGGUCAACUUCGACUCUCUGAGCAACAACAGCAUCAGGUUAGAGACGGUCACAAAGUCCUUGCCCCAGAGUCCUGGGCAAAGACACAGGGCUCCCUGCUCUCCUCUUCCUGGGGAAUCCAGAUCAAGACCAGAGGAGGACAUUAACAGGUAUCCACAUGAUCCGAGUGCCAGCACAGGCAGCCUCCAAAAGAACAGAUCUUGCACAUCUGUGACACAGAUACAGUCCAUCAACCAUGUUCGCUCUGAGCCUCUUUCCCGAAAAGACUUUCAGCCUAUUAGUCGUCUUCUCCAUGAACCUGGGGUCUCAGCCUUGAUGACACAUGGCCACAGACCCCAUGCUCCCAGACACUAUAUUGUUAAUGAACAUGCUUCUCGAAAAAAGACACACCCAAUUUUCUGGCCAGAAAGACAUUUUAAGAUAGAUGCUUUAGGUGAGGUUGUAGAGUUAUAUCCCAGGAAUGUGCGACAGUACAAGUCUUGGGCCCCGCACCAGCCUCGCUGUCCACAGCUGAGUGAAGAAGAGGACAUGCUGAGAAGAGAUUUUGUCCAGUGGCCAGUCGCCCCUCGCUCCCUCACAGACCUCCCUCAGGCUUUUUACGUUGAUGACAGAUCAGAAAGUGACACCAGAGGCCCUGAGCUCCAGCCAAGGAUCUAUUACAAAUCUGGGGAUGAUGGUUUUGAAGACCAAUUCAAUAGGCCCCCAUUUGUACACAAAAAGCCAUGCUCUCGGAAUGUCCAAUACCCACAGCAUCCGCUGAAGCCCAGGGUCAAAGCCAAGUUUGAGCCAUCCUUCACAGAAUCUGAUUCUGUGUCAGCAGCAUCCAGCAGUGACCAACAGAAUAGCAGCACUGACCAACACCUGCAGGUCAUGCCCAGACAGGGAAAGUUCCCGAGGUCUGCUGGCCAGCUGGGCAGGAGGAAGGCCAAGUCCAGGCAGGCACUGCCUGCAGAUCUGAAUGACUUAGUUUGUUCAAAUGUCUAGGCUCCUUCCAGUGUCUCUUCAUAAAGACUGGACUGCCUUGGAAACACCGGGCCAUUACAUAGCUCCACCUUUUCCAGAAAGAGAGAGGAACACAUCUGGUGGGUGUUAGAGAUCUAUGGAAGUCAUUCUGGCAUAUCCACUGCUCCAGUAUGAUGUUUGAGAUCCUGGGACUGUAACUUCCUAUUCACAGCAGUGACAUACAAGUAGUUUUCUUAUGGACAUCACGCAUCAGCACAUCAGGUCAUGAUUUCAG